CGUAACGCGUUCAGUCGUCGCUCGUCCUUCACGACGAACGUUCUGUCUUUGUCGACUGCUGGUAAUUACUCUACAUUUCUCCCGUCGGAGAUAGUUACGUUACUACCUUCGUAUACCGCCGCGCCUACUAUUAUCAAGAAAAGACGAUGCCUUAUCGUGGCAAAUUACGAUUGUUCAGUAGAGCAUGCUUCGCGUUCAAAAACUCGUGCGCCGAGAAGAACAACACGCAUUUCGCUGUUAACAUUUGCGGUAGGAAUUUCUCAGUAAGCGGCGCGCUCAACAUGAGGUUCGUGCAGUUCACUAACAAAGAUGGAGGGCCACAGCACUUGGGUGUGCAACUGAAACAAGGUGGUGACAUAAUUGCCGUGUCCGCGGUCGACUCGCGGAUUCCUAAUAGUUUGAGAAAAUUCCUCGAGGGCGGCGACGACCUUCUGAAAAAGGCGAAGAGGAAUGACGAUGUCGAUCUGUGGACCCUGUUAGAGAGAAUAGUGGCCGAAGGACGAAGCGUGAUACCGGAAGCUGAUGUGAAGUUCCUGGCGCCGGUGACGCGGAUGGACAAGCUCGCGUGCGUUGGUUUGAAUUACAUCGGCCACUGCGAGGAACAGGGCCUAUCGCCACCGGAGAGUCCUGUUAUAUUCAGCAAAUUCCCCAGCAAUAUCAUCGGUCCGCGGGACAACAUCAUGCUCCCCUCGAUUUCCGACAAAGUCGACUGGGAGGCCGAGCUUGCGAUAGUAAUUGGCAAAAAGUGUAAAGCGCUGAACAAUGACGAAGGGGAAGAUUGUAUUUUCGGUUAUACAGUGGCUCAGGACAUUUCGGCGCGGGAUUGGCAAAAGUCGAAGAGAAACGGCGGCCAGUUUCUCAUUGGAAAAGCGAUGGACACGUUCUGCCCGUUAGGACCUGCCGUCGUCACUAAGGAGUCCGUAUGCGACAUCAACAAUUUAUCCGUGAGAACAUGGGUGAAUGGCAACAUUAAACAAGACGGGAACACCUGCGAACUGAUCUUUAAACCCCACGAGAUCGUUGCCUACAUUUCCCAAUUUAUGACUCUGUUACCUGGAGACGUAAUUCUAACGGGUACACCAGCUGGCGUAGGCUUUACCCGCAAACCGCCAGAAUUUUUACAGCGCGGAGAUGUGUUGGAAACUGAAAUAGAAGGCGUGGGGCGUCUACGAAAUAAAGUUCUCUGAUGCGAUGAUCAGAGAGAACGUACAGAAGCGAUUGGUCCUGAAACGUUUCAGGAGCGUAAUUACCGUCAGGACGUCACGGAUAAAUCACGAACCGUUCUGAACAGGUUCCAUUCACGACAAUGAGGAGGGGGAACGAAAUGAUUCGAGACAAAUAAAAAUAAUAUAUACACGUGUCGAUGCGCGCGCAUCGAUUCCAGUAAAAUUGGAACAAGAAGUUCGUACCGUAAGGUAUCGAGCGUUUUUCCCGAGAGAAGCUGAUGCCUACACGCGUUCACAUAUCUCGGAACGGUUAUUACACACAUUCAUAUGCAACAUGGAUUUUUCAUACUUGUAGAAAUAAAGGGAGACUGUUUCUAAAA